AUGCAUCUGAUUAAUGCGGUGGCGGCGGCGAGGAUGUUGUCCGGAUUCGGACAAUCUAACGGCAGUAACGGAGGCGAAGCGAUUCCGUUCGGAUCGCUGUGGUGGGUCACUUACGCCGGCGUCUCUUGUUUCCUCGUUCUCUUCGCCGGUAUUAUGUCCGGUCUCACUUUGGGACUUAUGUCUCUUGGUCUCGUCGAGCUCGAGAUUCUCCAACGCAGUGGCACCCCUAAUGAGAAGGAACAAGCCGCUGCGAUUUUUCCGGUUGUUCAGAAACAGCAUCAGCUUUUAGUGACACUGCUUCUGUGCAAUGCUCUUGCAAUGGAGGGACUUCCUAUAUACUUGGAUAAGUUAUUCAACGAAUACGUUGCCAUUAUUCUUUCGGUCACUUUCGUUCUAGCUUUUGGUGAGGUUAUUCCUCAAGCUAUAUGCACAAGGUAUGGACUCGCCGUCGGAGCAAAUUUUGUGUGGCUUGUCCGUAUUUUAAUGGUUCUCUGUUACCCUAUUGCCUUUCCCAUUGGAAAGAUCUUGGAUUUGGUGCUGGGACACAAUGAUGCUUUGUUUAGACGAGCUCAGUUGAAAGCUCUUGUAUCAAUCCACAGCCAAGAGGCUGGCAAGGGAGGUGAGCUUACGCAUGAUGAGACGACAAUCAUUAGUGGAGCACUUGAUUUGACUGAGAAGACGGCACAAGAAGCCAUGACACCAAUUGAAUCAACCUUCUCCUUGGAUGUAAAUUCAAAACUGGAUUGGGAAGCUAUGGGCAAGAUUCUUGCAAGAGGCCACAGCCGCGUUCCUGUCUACUCUGGCAAUCCUAAAAACGUUAUCGGACUUCUCUUGGUGAAGAGUCUCCUUACAGUUCGCCCUGAAACCGAGACACUUGUCAGCGCAGUUUGUAUACGCCGAAUGCCAAGGGUUCCAGCAGAUAUGCCACUGUAUGAUAUACUUAAUGAGUUUCAAAAAGGAAGCAGCCACAUGGCUGCAGUUGUCAAGGUUAAAGGGAAAAGCAAAACUCAUCCUCCUCUGCUUGAAGAAGACAAUACUUACGAAAGCAGCGAUUCUGCAACGAAAGACUCCGAUUUGACUGCGCCUCUGCUGAUAAAACGAGAAGGAAACCACGACAAUGUCAUUGUCCAUAUAGACAAGGCGAAUAGACAGUCGUUGUUCCAAAACAACGAGGGUGUAACGCACGGGUUCUCGCAUACUUCAGAGGAUAUCGAGGAUGGGGAAGUUAUCGGUAUCAUCACUUUGGAAGAUGUGUUUGAAGAGCUUUUGCAGGAAGAGAUUGUUGAUGAAACUGAUGAAUAUGUUGACGUACAUAAAAGGAUUCGAGUUGCGGCAGCAGCGGCUGCUUCAUCAAUAGCGAGAGCUCCUUCAAGCCGGAGAUUGAUUGCACAAAAGGGAACUGGAGGACAAAAUAAGCAAGCGCAGACGAUAAAAGGUUCUGGUCAAGAACAAGAUAAAUUUCUUGGAACUAUUACCGAGCCAAGCCGAGGAAACAAAUGA